CCGCCCCCCGCCAAGUAUGUUUGGGCUGGACCAAUUCGAGCCCCACAUCAACAGCAGGAACGCUGGCCAGGGCGAGAGGAACUUUAACGAGGCCGGACUAAGCAUGAACGCCCACUUUAAGGCCCCGGCUUUCCACGCGGGGGGACCCCCUGGCCCCGUGGACCCUGCCAUGAGCGGGCUGGGCGAACCCCCGAUCUUGGGCAUGAACAUGGAGCCUUAUGGCUUUCACGCGCGUGGCCACUCGGAGUUGCACGCGGGGGGGCUGCAGGCGCAGCCGGUGCACGGAUUCUUUGGAGGCCAACAGCCGCACCACGGCCACCCGGGAGGCCACCACCCCCACCAGCAUCACCCCCACUUCGGGGGCAACUUCGGCGGGUCGGAUCCUGGGGCUUCGUGCCUGCACGGGGGUCGUCUGCUCGGCUACGGCGGCGCGGCCGGCGGCCUGGGCAGCCAGCCGCCCUUCGCCGAGGGUUACGAUCACCUGGCAGAGAGCCAGGGGCCGGAGAGCUUCGGCCCGCAGCGACCUGGGAACCUCCCGGACUUCCACAGUUCGGGCGCCUCAGGCCACGCCGUGCCUGCCCCAUGCUUGCCGCUGGACCAGAGCCCUAACCGAGCCGCCUCCUUCCAUGGCCUGCCCGCCUCCAGUGGCUCCGAUUCCCACAGUCUGGAGCCCCGGAGGGUGGCGAACCAAGGAGCCGUCGACUCGCUGGAAUACAAUUACCCGGGCGAGCCGCCCUCGGGACAUUUCGACAUGUUUUCUCCCUCUGAUUCUGAGGGGCAGCUGCCUCAUUAUGCAGCGGGUCGUCAGGUUCCCGGGGGCUCUUUCCCGGGUGCCUCGGCCAUGCCUAGAGCUGCAGGCAUGGUGGGCUUGUCCAAAAUGCACGCCCAGCAGCAGCAACAGCAGCAGCAGCAGCACGGAGUGUUCUUCGAGAGGUUCGGCGGGACCCGCAAGAUGCCCGUGGGUCUGGAGCCUGCAGUAGGCUCCAGGCACCCGUUAAUGCAGCCUCCCCAGCAGGCCCCGCCGCCGCCGCAGCAGCAGCCCCCGCAGCAGCCGCCGCCGCCGCCGCCUCCGCAGCAGCAACAGCCGCCGCCGCCGCCGCCGCCGCCGCCUGGGCUUCUGGUCCGGCAAAAUUCGUGUCCGCCUGCGCUCCCGCGUCCCCAGCAGGGCGAGGCGGGCACGCCCAGCGGCGGCCUGCAGGACGGGGGCCCCAUGCUGCCCAGCCAACACGCGCAGUUCGAGUACCCCAUCCACCGGCUGGAGAACCGGAGCAUGCACCCUUAUUCCGAGCCUGUAUUCAACAUGCAGCACCCUCCUCCGCAGCAGACGCCCAACCAGCGGCUGCAGCAUUUCGACGCACCCCCCUACAUGAAUGUGGCCAAGAGGCCGCGCUUUGACUUCCCGGGCAGCGCGGGAGUGGAUCGCUGCGCUUCGUGGAACGGCAGCAUGCACAACGGCGCUCUGGACAACCAUCUCUCGCCCUCCGCCUAUUCCGGCCUACCCGGCGACUUCACGCCGCCUGUGCCCGACAGCUUCCCCUCGGGGCCACCCCUGCAGCAUCCGGCCCCGGACCACCAGUCCCUGCAGCAGCAGCAGCAGCAGCAGCAACAGCAGCAGCAGCAGCAGCAGCAGCAGCAGCAGCAGCAGCAGCGCCAAAACGCGGCCCUCAUGAUCAAGCAGAUGGCGUCGCGGAAUCAGCAGCAGCGGCUGCGCCAGCCCAACCUGGCCCAGCUAGGCCACCCCGGGGACGUGGGCCAGGGCGGCCUGGUGCACGGCGGCCCAGUGGGCGGCUUGGCCCAGCCGAACUUUGAGCGCGAAAGCGGCGGCGCGGGCGCCGGGCGCCUGGGCACGUUCGAGCAGCAGGCUCAGCACUUGGCGCAGGAGAGUGCGUGGUUCCCAGGUCCGCACCCGCCGCCGGGUGACUUGCUGCCCCGCAGGAUGGGAGGUACAGGCCUGCCCGCUGACUGCGGCCCGCACGACCCCGGACUGGCGCCGCCCCCUCCGCCCGGUGGCUCGGGGGUGCUGUUCCGGGGCUCUCUGCAGGAGCCGCUGAGGAUGCCCGGAGAGGGCCACGUGCCCGCGCUGCCCUCCCCUGGCCUGCAGUUCGGGGGCAGCCUGGCCAGCCUGGGGCAGCUGCAGUCGCCCGGGGCUGGGGUGGGGCUGCCCAGCGCUCCCUCCGAGCGCCGGCCCCAGCCGCCCGAUUUCACAGCGCCCGCGCUCGGGGGCCAGCCUGGCUUCCCGUUCGGCGCAGCGAACCGGCAGGCCACGCCGCACAGCGGCCCAGGCGUGAACUCGCCCCCGAGCGCGGGCGGGGGCGGCGGCAGCACUGGCGGCGGCGGCGGCGGGGGCGCAUACCCGCCGCAGCCUGAUUUCCAGCCCAGCCAGCGCACCUCGGCCAGUAAGCUGGGCGCGCUCUCGCUGGGCUCCUUCAACAAGCCCAGCUCCAAGGACAACCUGUUCGGCCAGAGUUGCCUGGCUGCACUCUCCACCGCCUGCCAGAACAUGAUCGCCAGCCUCGGGGCCCCCAACCUCAACGUUACCUUCAACAAGAAGAACCCGCCCGAGGGCAAGAGGAAACUGAGCCAGAACGAGACCGACGGCGCGGCCAUGGCCAGCAACCCGGGCUCGGAUUACUUCCCAGGAGGGACUGCUCCUGGGGCCCCAGGGCCCGGAGGCCAGUCGGGGACCAGUAGCAGCGGCUCCAAAGCCUCUGGGCCGCCCAAUCCGCCCGCCCAGGGGGAUGGCACCAGCCUCUCCCCCAACUACACCCUGGAAUCAACAUCGGGGAACGACGGCAAGCCGGUUCCCGGGGGCGGCGGCCGGGGCCGGGGUCGCAGAAAAAGGGACAGUGGUCACGUGAGCCCCGGGACCUUCUUCGACAAGUACUCGGCAGCGCCGGACAGCGGGGGCGCGCCUGGGGUGAGCCCAGGGCAACAGCAGGCGCCAGGCGCAGCCGUCGGGGGAAGCUCCACAGGCGAGGCGCGGGGGGCGCCUACGCCUCAUGAGAAGGCGCUCACGUCGCCUUCGUGGGGGAAGGGGGCCGAGUUGCUCCUGGGGGACCAGCCGGACCUCAUGGCGUCCCUGGACGGUGGGGCGAAGUCGGACGGUAGUUCCCCGCACGCGGGCGAGUUUGCCUCGGACGAGGUGAGCACGAGCUACGCCAACGAGGACGAGGUGUCAUCCAGCUCCGACAACCCCCCAGCCCUGGCCAAAGCGAGUAGGAGCCCUCUGGUGACAGGCUCGCCCAAACUCCCUCCCCGCGGGUUGGGCGCCGGGGAACAUGGACCGAAGGCGCCCCCAGCCCCGCUUGGCCUGGGCAUCUUGUCUACCUCUACCUCCACCCCCGACAGCUACGGCGGCGGGGGCACGGGCCAUCCCGGCACGCCGGGCCUGGAGCAGGUCCGGACCCCAACGAGCAGCAGCGGUGCACCGCCGCCUGACGAGAUCCACCCCCUGGAGAUCCUCCAGGCACAGAUCCAGCUGCAGAGGCAGCAGUUCAGCAUCUCUGAGGACCAGCCCCUGGGGCUCAAGGGUGGCAAGAAGGGUGAGUGUGCUGUGGGGGCUUCUGGUGCGCAGAAUGGUGACAGCGAGAUGGGCAGCUGCUGCUCUGAGGCCGUCAAGAGCGCCAUGAGCACCAUCGAUCUGGACUCGCUGAUGGCAGAGCACAGCGCCACCUGGUACCUUCCGGCCGACAAGGCUUUGGUGGACGGCGCAGACGAGGACAAGACGCUGGCACCCUGGGAGAAGGCCAAACCCCAGAACCCCAACAGCAAAGAAGCCCACGACCUCCCUCCGAACAAGGCCUCGGCAACCCAGCCCGGCAGCCACUUGCAGUGCCUGUCUGUCCACUGCACAGACGACGUGGGCGAUGCCAAGGCCCGAGCCUCCGUGCCCACCUGGCGGUCCCUGCACUCCGACAUUUCCAACAGAUUCGGGACAUUCGUGGCCGCCCUAACUUGAAUUGACAAGAAAUACCCCCUCCCCAACCAGGCCCUUCCCUCCCCCUUUUCUCUCCUCUCCCCCCUCCACCUGACCCCACCCCUACCCGCCCUGUUAAUUUGAAAGGGCCACUAUUGCUGAGUGGAUGAUUUUUUUUCUAG